GAGUGGUUGUGGGCGCCAACACUCGCAGCUCCUAUCAUACUGAUAAUUGCAGUCCUAAUCAUGGAGAACUUCAGAACUAAACUUGCUAUUGAAGCCCCUAUGGAGGUAGAUCACGCGGUGAUUAUUCAAGGGACCAUGCGGGAUAAAGCUGAUCUUAUGGUAUAUUUACGUGAUCUAGAUCUGGCAGACGAUGUUAUCGAGAUACAAUAUGUAUACGACGUGGAACAAGCUUACAAACUUCUCCAAGACAUGAGAAGAGCUGGGAGAAUGGAGCUACGUUACAAAGAUCUGGCAGCUGAAGGAAGGACUAAAGAAACUGUUUCUCAUGAUGGCUGUCUUUGUUGUCUUGUCAUUGAGGAACCAGCACUACAAUACUGGACUCAAGAGAAGUUGGAGCUGAAUCAGAGGUUUAUUGAAGAACUGGGACGGGUAACACGUGUUCCUAAGGUCUUCAUUGUGUGGAGUGAACGUGUUGAUGUACAGAGAAUGCUGAACACGCACAAACUAACAGAAGUUUGUAGAAGUCCCCAUCGCACCAGUCUGAGUUGGAACAUUGCCAAGGCUCCUGUUCAUUACGACAUAAACUGGGAGAAUUACGCUGAAUCAAAUCCAAAAUGGUGGUUCCGAGCAAUACUCAUUAAUAUAGUUGUUUUGAUACUGUUAUUUUUCUUCACAACGCCCAUUAUCGUCUUUCUCUUCUUGUACGAGACUUUCUUCGAAGACGAUGUCGAUAUAAUAGAGGUUGGAAACACAUUUUGGACUGAGUUUGGUACUAUCUUAAUCUUACUGGCUAUUGAACAAAUUCUGCCACAGUUAGUCAAUCUGUCUUGCUCGCUUGAGAGACAUCGAACGAAAACAAACAGGAAUUACUGGUGUAUCUGGAAGGUGUUCAUCUACCUGGUGCUAUCAGAGUUAUUCAUGCCGGCGUUUGGUUACACGAGUUUGGCAGCGCUGCUUCGAGGCUAUUUCAGCACUGAUGAUCUUCUUUCGAACUGGUCGUGUGUUUUCUCUGCCUACAGAAUUGCAUUCAUGUGUAAAAUCCUUCUAUCAGCUGCGCUUAUUGGACGAGCUUUCGAACUGUUCAAUCCUUGGGGGGUAGCAUCAUACAUUUAUUAUUACCUGGAGCAUAAAACGUCACGAGAAUACCGGGAGAUAUUCGUCCGAAUGAGAGAUAGAUUCAACAUCGGGUACAACUACGCCAAGUUGAUGGCGUACAGUGCUAUCUUCAUUUCAUUUGGAGUAAUUUGUCCGCUGAUAACGCUGAUUGGGUUAGCAUUUGUCUUCAUCAAGUACUCUGUAGACAAAUACCUUAUGAUCUACUUCCACCGACCCUGCUCUUCUUAUGGGAUAUCUUGUCAUGUGGCGGCUACCACUUAUGUGGUCUUCUCCUGCUGCUUAUUACAGAUUUUCAUGCUAGUUUAUGACGCUAUCUACAUUGGAUUUUCCAGUCCGAAGACACUAUUUGCUCUUAUCAUGGUUGUUUUCAUUAUUACAAUCUACUACUACGACUGCUGGACGCGUUUUGUCAGGUGGCUAUUCCCUGAAAGGCCAUACAGUGAUUUUCUUGAGCGAGAAGUAAAAGCUAGUGAGCUAGCCGGCAUUUACUUACCUCCUUUCCUACAACAAUCUUCCCAAAAUAGUACGAAGUUAAAGUCGAUGGCUGUACCAGUUCAACGGCGACCUGAAAAGGAAAGCUUUGUAACUGCAGAUUCUCCGGGUGUUAAUGAUUACGGCAGUGUCUGAUCACAGUUAAUUGCUGAAAGAAAUUAGAAAUGGACCAUUUUAAUAAUGAGAGGCUGGACCUAGAUGGCCCAUGAAAGGAUUGCAUGAGGAUACUCUGCCUGAGAUGAUGGAGGUUCCUGUGUCCUGGAAUUUGAUCAAAAUUUGAUCCAUUGUGAUCCACUGCCUGACACCCACAUUGGUUGUCACUUAUAGCAAAUACCCAGCUGCACAAGCGAUCUGCCACAGGAUGCUCCCCGAACUGCGCACGCUUCACAGCCAAGGACUGGAAGUGGGCCUACCCCCUAUAAUGCCUAAAGAACGAUACUACUAGUACUACUAGAAGUAGAUUGAAUGAUUUUAUUUUUUGUGAUCAACAUACUUAAUAUUUUAAAGAAUAUAGUUAAUAUUGUUACUGUUAGUAGUAGUAUUU